GGGGCAUGUUGGUGUGUCGGCGGUUGCUGCUGAUCGCAGCCGCGAUCGCGGCCUCGAUCGAGGCUGGCUCGACUAGUUACUACCCCAGCAUCUCGUCGUCGGAUUAUUCCGGAUACCCGAAUGGUGGAUACGCGGUUCACUCCGGCGCGACGUCACCCGAGUCCUCGCCGUCGUCGAGCUCGUCCACGUCCGGCCCGACAUCAGAGCUCGCAGCCAGCAACACCGAGUCGGUUUGCCGACCGUCCGAGUUCCGAUGCAGCACCACCGGUCAUUGUGUCGCGCAGGACAAGUACUGCGACGGCGAGAAUGACUGCGACGACAAGUCUGACGAGCCGAGAUAUUGCACCCCUUGCAAUCGGACGUUGUACGGUGACGUUGGCCGGACCUACAGGGUGGAGAUCCGCAGGCCGAGGGAGGAUCGACUGCCAUUCCUGUGUCACCUCAACUUCACUGCCGCCGGAUCCGAUCUCGGGGAUCUAGUUCAGUUAACUUUUGAUACCUUCACGGUCGGCCGCUUUCUAUCCUUUACGUCGGAAGGAUGUCCAGAUGGUUUCAUGACUAUUCGCGAGGAAGGUCGUCCUGCAACGGGAGGACAAUGGUGUGGCAGCGCGUGGGGCUACACCGUCUAUUACAGCGAAACUCCUUCCAUCAAUCUGACUUUAUAUUUACUACGUUUAUCAGAGCAGGGUAUCGGCUACAACUUCGACUUCAAGCUGUCGUACAAGUUCCUGAGAAGAAGCGAGGCGCAUCUCAGAUACGGAAACAGUAGUAUGUCCACAUGGCGCGGCGAGCUGGUAAACGGCACGUAUUGCGAUCGCGUCCUUACCAAAUGCGAUACUAGAGCCUGCCGGCUGCAGUCGCCAAAUUAUCCCGGAGUUUAUCCCAGGAAUGUCACUUGCUACUAUCGGGUGGAGCAAAACCGCGCGCCGGUGGGUCAUCGGGCUUUACUCGCCGUUAGUCAGCGGAACAGUCACAAGAUACACAUUAAGGACCAGGUCGUGAAAUACGACAGAAGUCAGCGAGUGCUAAGGGUAUGGGAUCAGUGCAACGUCGUGCAGGAUUAUUUAACGGUAUAUGACGGAGGUUCAACCUCAGACCGAGUACUUGUAAGGCUGUGUGGAGGAGAUGCGGUGCCAGACAUCAUCAGCAGUCACAAUACGAUGUUGUUAGAGUUUCAUACGUCCCCGUACGACAAUCCGUUUCAUCCAGUACCACUGUCUUUCCUGCCAGGAUUUGAACUCGAGGUUCAGGUGAUCUUUGUCGACGAAAAGUCUCGAAGUUUUGUGAAGGAAAAUGACAACUGCGAUUUUUAUAUAUCCGGUGACGAGAACUCGUCGGGCAUUCUGGAAAAUCCGAAACACUCUUUACCGCCGAACACGACUUGCCGUUAUCACUUCCAGGGGAAACUCAAUGAAAUCGUUUGGUUAUCGUUCGUUAAAUAUUAUGCCGCCAGCGUGGAAGCUGCUGCGAGUAUUGACACUGCCGCUGAUUGCAAUGCAAAGCUUCUGAUAUGGGAUGGCGAUAUCACAGUGGACAAACUUACUUUCAGCCGAAAAAACGUUACGCUGAUGGGACAGUUUUGUAAGGACGACAUACCGCGACUCUGCGACCACAGUCUGCUGCGUAACAGCAGCCGUCACACGCGGCCGUGUAGCCUUGCGGAGAGUUACGUGUCGACCGGGCGCGAUCUCACCCUGGAACACAUAUUGCGCCAGGGUAGCGCGCUAUAUCCAAUAAGUUUCGUGCUGCGCUAUGAGUUCGUCCACGAGGCGAUCUCGUGUAACCACGUGUUCGCCUCGGUGCCGUCGGCUUCAUCCACGUCUUCCACGUCGUCUUUAUCGUCCUCCUCCUCUUCUUCAUCAUCCUCAUCCUCCUUAUCGUCCAACGCCGGAAAAUUCGCCUCACCGAAGAACGUGUUCUUCUACGGUCGCGGCGGGGCGCAGAAUCUCAGCUGCGUGUACAGAUUCGAGGCCGAGCCCGAUCACAGGAUAGAGCUAUCCUUCGUCAGGGCCUCCUUCGGUGGCAAGAGUUGCGCGUCUUACGUGGACCCGUUGGUGAACCGAUGGACGUGCGACCGACGCAUGGCGGAUGUUAAAAAGUUCGGCAUGGCGGAUCUUGUUGUCGCUGAAUAUCCUUGGCAAGGAGUCGAAUUGGUGCGCGAUUGUCUGUGCUCGAACGUGAGUGAGAGAAUCGUUGUGCGGACUCUGACAUCGAACGUGGUGGAGGUCAGGUUUACCAUCACUCUCAUGAAUGUUACCCAGGAUUACCGAGAUUUCUUCUUCGAGGGGGAAUAUCGUUUCAUCCCGGUGGGCGCGGAAUCGAAUGAGCACGGAUGUUCGACGAGACUCGAGGAGCGACGAUUGCGCGGCACCAGCGGCGAGAUUUCCCUCAGGAGUCCUUUACCGCGGGUGAUCCCCGGCCUGGCUGCAGUGGAGGAGAUCCUAACGAACACGGAGGAUCUCACCGCGACGCAAUGCGUGAACGAGCCGUGGCUGAUCGAGCCUGAAGACGCGCGUAUUAACUUCCUGUACUUGAGAACCGCCGGCUACGGCAUUACCUUGGACAACGUUGAAGAGUGCACGACCCUGAAUAGAAUCGUCGUUUAUUCAGCCGCGAAUACGAAAGAGCGCAGUGUGAUCUGUCCAGAGGGUGGCGUCGACACGGCCAGGACCGUCGACUUCUUCUCAGGUGGCUGGAAUUACAGUGCUGUGAAUGCGAGCGUGGCGAUGGCGCAGCACUCCCGCAGCUUCGUCGUCGAAUUCCUGCAGCGGGAACCGGGUUUCUACGCCGUCACGUGGAUCGCGAUCUCCAAACGUUCGCCAACCGCACCGAAUCUGGGUGCCAAUGCGUUUGCCAUACUGCCCACGGAAGAUUGCCCGUAUAGAUGUCCAGAGAUCCAGGCAUGCAUCAGCUCUGUCCUAUGGUGCGAUGGCGUGCGUCAUUGUCCCUCGGGCUUUGACGAGGAAGAAGCCAAUUGCUCGUACCGUUUCGGAGUGACGCUGCUCUACGUCGCGGUGGGCGCCGGUGCCCUCGGUAUAUUCUUAAUCCUCCUGUUGGCCACCGGUUGUCUCAAAUACUGCCUCUACCGGCACAAGGCGCGUAAGAAGAAGAAGAACGUUGCCCUGAACGUCAAUCAUCUCCACGUGAAUCAUACUCAUCACAACAACGGCUUGACCGGGAGCCGUCUGAGUGGACGUUACAACUUAGCCACACCCCAGGAAAUGUACCUGGAGAAUUACGGGAAGGAUAGUAUUUGUUGACAAUACGCCAUCGCCAAUAUUGAGACCACCGUGUGAAUAGUCAUGAUUUUUAAAUGCCUACCUCGCUCUGGGCCCCCCCCCCCCCUCCUCCUCCUCCACUUCCCAUCAACCUCCCUUGAGUAACGGACCGGAGUGUACGGCAGCCAAACACUCCCAUCCCAAAGGCACACAUACACAUACACAGAACACACACACACACACACACACAGAGACUUACAUGCGUACACACGCAUACACACGUAUACAUACUUUCGCAGUAAUCGUACGAAAUCCCGUAGAAUAUAUCCGAAGCGCAUAGAAGCGAGCGCACGAGACGUGCUUGGUAGCCAUUUGGUUGACGGCAAACGUAGUCAAGUUCUCUAAUCGAAUCACAACGAUCGGCUUGCCUUGAAUAAGCAGAUCGCAAUUCGACUUAUUAGACCGAGGUGGACGAUAUAUAUCCGUCGAGCUUGUCGAAAGAAUGGAUACCGCGAGACACCUGCCUGAUCCUUCAGAAAGGAGGAGUCGCGAGGUUGAUAAACGCACCUCGUACGCUCGUGUAUAUGGCAUUUACGAUAAACACCGCAGUAUCAUGGUAGGUUUAGAUACACACGAUUUAGGAGUAAAAUGAAAAAAAAAAAAAAUACGAAAGAUACGCGCGAGUGGAUGAAGAGCGGCGAAAUUGGCGUUUACGCAAUGCUUAUAAGAGACGUAGGAUACGCUGUUUCCGUUUGAGUGCACUUUCUGUCGGUUAUCGAGCAAACGUCGUAAACGUCUACAAGUAUGACGGUAAAAGUAACGAGACGGAGGGGAAAAGAGAAUAGAACGAUAGUGCGAGCGCCAAAGCGCGAGAGAAGCGUUUCGCGAUAGCUUACGUGUGAAUGACGAUGCGAUAGACGGGAAAGCAUACAUGAGGAUACGCGAAGAGUCGGACGACAUCGUGAAUGACAUUCGAAUGAUAUUCGCGGACGUGCCAGUGAAGGUCAAAUGUAUGCAUUGCUUGUUACCCUCCUGAUCCCGAUCGCAUACAUUCCGACAAUUCGCACUUAUCGGUAACAUCACUUGUGAUCAGAGAGAAAAAAUUGAUAAAAAGGGAUAAUCGUGAUUAAAGAGGAUCACGCCAUUGACGUUUGUGCAAGAUCUAGCUUGAUGAUCGUUAUUGGACUCACGCACUUCACACCUGUCUAAUCUGAUUUUCUCAUUAGAUCACCUAUGGCCGGACUAGCCGUAGGUUUGGACUACGUUGUCGCGAUGCAUUGUUCCAAAUUAAGGUGACUGCACUGGGCUGUCUUUUUUUUUUUAUCGUUAAAAGGUAUUAACCUAAAAUUUUUAUUUCUGAUUUAAUUGAAUAUCAAGGUCAUCGUACAUUUGCAAUUUAACACCGUAACAUUUUGAUCAGAAUCAAAUUAUUGGCUUUAACGAACGUUAUGAAAAAAAGAAACUCGAUAAUUGGAUAUAAAUCGAUUCCCGCCUUACAAAUUGCUUUACUGCGUAUUCUGAUUCGUAUUACCUAGCAAAACUAUUCUUAUACUACAACGCAUUAUAUUGUAUUAUAAAUAACACAAUCUCAUUUAAUUGUGAUAUGUUCGUACAUUACAAUGCAAUGAUCGAGUCGCCGAUCUCAUUCCAUUCAACGUCGAACGAACAAUUAUUUUUUUACACUACUUCGUAGUUUCCGAUAUUUUGAACUUUAUAAGUGAUUUAUGGAGGAUGGAAUAAUAUAUGUAGAUAAUUUACUUGAGUAAUCUAGAUUCGGUAUCGAUACGCGUUUGGAUGAGACGUAGAUGUCUACGCGUAAUUAAUUGAAUGCUACAGGAGCAUGUACACCGUUAAUCCUGUUAAGCAAAUGGACGCAGUCUCCACGCGUUAGCCUAUUGUAGACACUGUAUGGUAAAGCGCGUCUAACGUACGUCUGUAUGCUGUGAUAGAAGUAAGCGUAUCAACAAUCGGAAAUAAAUCUCUCGCGUAAAUUUCACGUUUCGCAUAUGCGCAUCCUCGAAAACCCAUCGCCGAAGAUGGAUCACGACCUUCCGAUGCAAUCUUCUUUGGCGACAUCGAUAUCUUAACACGGCCAGGCGUGUAAUUUUUAGAUCAUCGAUCGAAUAAAAAAAAUGUGUGGGUCCAAACCCGGGAUGUGAACUCACGAUUUUUCCACCGUAAUAUACGUACUUUGAUAGAAAAUUUGAUAAAAAUUGAUUAAAACGGACUUCACGGUGAACCAGAAAAGUGAUAUAUAAGUCGACAAAAGUAAGAGUUUGACAUAUUAUUACAUUAUACUUAAGAAGACGUAAUGAAAUGAGGGCGAAGCAAAAUUUUAUAUACUUCCCUUUAACCUUUUAGAAAUGUAAAAAAAAAAUGGUUAUAGUAAGAAGCGGUUCGAUUUUGCAUACAUUUACAAUUUUUUCUAUCCAUUUCGAAUUGAAAAAUAUUUUCUAGCUUUAUUAUUUUAGACAGCAAUUUAAUUGGAGAAUUUCAUAUAAGGACAGUAAUUGAAUAAGAGUUAUACUUGCAAUUUUUAACAAUCAAUUGCGGUAUUUUGAUACGGUAUUUUUGCAAACUUACGUACACUUCCUGCCACAAUUUGGAAAUUUCCGCAAAGAUGUCGGCCGCGUUAAGAUAUUUUUUCGCCAGUCUCAUGAAUUGCUCCGUGAAUAAUUCAUUACAUAAGGACAUCGCCUACCAACGAAUACUGCCGCAGUUAUUAUUUAUUCAUAAAGUUUUAUAAGUCUCUUUCUACCCGAAUACGAAAAACUGUCCGAGUAUAUAACGUUCUGUACGCUAUAAGACACGGAAUCCGAUAACGAGUAAUGUACUAGCGAAUAAACGUAGCGUGCAUCGGAAGCGAAACUGUGCACCCGCCAGGCUCCUCGAUGUGUUAACUGCGCGAUUGCCACAUUAAAGACAUGUUAAAAUUUACUCUAACAUAUCGAAAGUUCGAAAUUAAUUUAAGCGCGCGUCCACACCAUCCAUCACUAUCUAGUCGAGACUGAAGUAGCGAAGUCAUCUUUUUACGGAUAACCGAGACGACUUUCCUUUCGAAAAGAAAUUUUCACCAAUUUUCCCUUUAUAUAAAAUUCCGUCAAAUAAGAAAAAGAGGAGGAAGCGUUUCACACGAAAUUUUUUAUAUAUUCUCGAGUCGGUGGUUUUCUCGCAGUUCACGAUAAAUCUGUCUAUAAAUAAGUUAAAGCGUAAGUCCUUCGACGACGGAAACCGACGUAAUAAACAUUGUGGGACGCAUCGUUUUCUAUUCACAAGGGAACGACGAUUUAUAUUACCUAUUUCCCCGGUAUCUUCCCGGCACCAAGACAUUGAUAUGACCCGGCCUUUAAAAGCACCCACGGAAAGUCGUUCCUGUCGUCGCCGUAACCGAGGCGGAUCAGCAUCGAGUUUAAUUUUUCCGACGGAUAUACGAAUCUAAAAUCUACUGGUGGAGCGUUGUAAUCAUCAUGGGAUUUAUACGGUACGACGACUCGACUCCACGUCGCGCUCAAUCGAGAAUGCGUCCUACGAUUACGAAACUAUAGUAUUAUGCAUGUAUGUAAGAACGUACACGAAAAAAAAAAAUAACAUAAAAAAAAAGGAAAAAAAAUGCCGUAGCACAAACUGGCUCGCACAUACGUAGCUAAAAAAAAAGUGAAUGGUAAAGAGUUUUGAAUCAAAGAGGCCUUGAUUCAACGACGUUUCUAAGCAAGUAUUACGCGUUACACGAUGUAUUGUAAUCCCGUGUUUAUAAUUUUAAUAAAAUACCAUCGCGUUAAAGAAACCCAGCA